UGGGGCAGAGUGACAGAAAUAUCAUAAUGUACUGAAAAUAUUUAUAAAUUAAUACUAGGCAACCAAUAGUUUGUUAAUCUUGUUUCCCUGUUGUCUUGAUCCGGCUCUGGGCUGGUGGUACACACUUUGGAAAGCUUUCAAGCACUUCAUUUCAUCUUUGAAUUGCACAUGCUUUUCUGUCAGUUUUAAGGUUUCUUGUGCUUAGGAGGAAACAUGCUCUGACAUGCUGGAGAUUGGUGGUGUUAAUAACCUGUAAAAGAGCUGAUUCUGGAGAUUUGAGUGAAAUGGCACUUUUGGAAUUGUACUUUUAACCACACCACGCUGGGGAAUGUGCAGAAGCUCUGUAUAUGUGCGUAUGAGAGGAACUCGUGCCGUGCAGAUGAGUUUGCAGACACGGUGACAGAGAGGGACCACAGGUGAGUCGCCGGCGAUCCGCUUUGCCAAGAGGAUUUUUCCAGCCCCUAAUCACACAGAAAAGCCCUCCAUCUGCUCCCCAGAGGUGGCGGUUCUCAUCUGUUUCAAGUGAAAAUAACCAAGAAUAUAAGAUGGCAGGUAAAAAAGAAUCCCUAGCCAAGUAGCCGUGUUGCCCUGCAUUCCCCACAGCCAACAUUCCCCUGCGCUGGGGUCUCGGUCCCCGGGCGAGAGAAAGAGCUGCAAAGGGUUAAGCCGCUGACUCUUGCUAGGCAAAGUUUGAAGAAGAAUAUGUCUGAGGCUGGAUACGCUGCAGCCCCGCGUUUGAAAUCUGUCACCCUCACUUAGGAGCGCUGCAUCUCUGGUUGUCACCGGUGAAUAAUGAUCGCACGGCGAUAAGAUCGCUCGGCGGCGGUGCGCCGGGGCCGCCUGGGGGAAGAGAAGACAGGAAAUUGCGAGGCGUUUAGCCGCUUCAACGGGGUGUUCUUCAGUGUCAUCGGUGGGUGUCAGGGUCAAACGACCGGCUGGAGAGCAGUUUGGGAAGAUAAUUUCUUUCUUCCUUUCCUUGAGAGCAACCUUGGGUGUUGGUCAUCAUUGGCAGCUAUGGAAAACAGAGACCUCGGUGGUGAUCCUUAAAACAGUACCAUGCUGGAGCCCAGCUGCGCUGCCACUUUCUCCCCUUUCAACCUGCCGGACCCGGUGGGCUUUGGGUGACCUACCGAGAAGGAACCCACUUCUGCAGGAGCAGGCAGACCAGAUCUGGCAGAUAGUGAAUAUGAGGACUUUGCUGACUUCAGAAAGCUGACAGAAGCCAACAGACUUCAGUGAAAUACACCUCCAAGCACAGACUUUUUGUAGCUUUAAAGUAACCUGUGGUUCAUUUGCAAAGACAUGGCUACUGGUUCUUUCAGCACACAUGGAGGAAGACAACAAACAUUGUAAUCCUGGCUCAUAAAGACUGUGUUUUCCUUAUCAGAAUAGGAGGCAGACCAAUUAUAAAAAGAUUAUUUUAUGCUUAGCCUCCAGGACUUUAACUCUGGCCUGAACACUGGACAAAAAUAGAAGCCAAUUUUAAUGACCUGAGAUUUUGUUACCUGUUACGCUAUUAUUGUUAUCAGUUCUUAAACACUUUGGUACUUUAUUUCUUUAAAUUAGACAUGGGUUUGUGGACUAAAAUGUGGCCCACAGAUUGGGCUCUUCUCAUGAAAUCAUGGCUUAUCUUUUCCCUGGGGCUCUACAUACAGGUCUCCAAAACUUUGGCCUGCCCAAAAGUUUGCCGCUGUGACCGGAACUUUGUCUACUGUAAUGAACGAAGUUUGACCUCAGUGCCUCUUGGGAUACCGGAGGGUGUAACCGUCCUCUACCUCCAUAAUAACCAAAUUAAUAAUGCUGGAUUUCCUGCAGAGUUGCACAAUGUCCAGUCUGUGCACACAGUCUACCUGUAUGGCAAUCAAUUGGAUGAAUUCCCCAUGAACCUGCCCAAGAAUGUCAGGGUUCUCCACCUGCAGGAAAACAACAUUCAGACCAUUUCACGUGCUGCUCUUGCUCAGCUUUUGAAGCUGGAAGAACUGCACUUGGAUGACAACUCCAUCUCCACUGUUGGCGUUGAGGAUGGGGCAUUCCAGGAAGCCAUCAGCCUCAAGCUUCUGUUCUUGUCCAAGAAUCACUUAAGCAGUGUGCCAGUAGGCCUUCCGCUGGACUUACAAGAACUUCGUGUAGAUGAAAACCGAAUUGCUGUCAUUUCAGACCUGGCCUUCCAGAAUCUUACAAGUCUGGAGCGUCUGAUCUUGGAUGGCAAUCUCCUCACUAAUAAAGGCAUAGCUGAAGGCACUUUCAGUCACCUCUCUAAGCUCAAGGAAUUCUCAAUAGUUCGGAAUUCACUGACUUACCCUCCUCCCGAUCUUCCAGGUACACAUCUGCUAAGACUUUACUUGCAGGACAACCAGAUAACCCAUAUACCACUUACAGCCUUUUCAAACCUCCACAAACUGGAACGUCUUGAUAUUUCCAACAAUCAGCUUCGGAUGUUGACAAAGGGAGUAUUUGAUAAUCUCCAUAACCUGAGACAACUCACUGUAAGGAAUAAUCCCUGGUUAUGUGACUGCAGCAUUAAGUGGGUCACUGAGUGGCUCAAAUUUAUUCCUGCUUCCAUCAAUGUACGUGGUUUUAUGUGCCAGGGACCAGAGCAGGUCCGAGGUAUGGCAGUCAGGGAGCUCAAUAUGAAUAUGUUGUCAUGCCCCACCACCACCCCUGGUCUGCCACUUAUCAUCACCCCAGUCCCAGCUACAACCAUGCCGACUACAUUAGUUCCCAGCCCAUCAUUUCCUCCCUCAAGUAAUAAAUAUAAUCCUCUCACUCCCAUCAUAGCCACACUCCCCACUGUGCCUGACAGGGAGGACAGAGAAAGGGUGACACCUCCUUUGUCUGAAUGGAUUCAGCUCUCCAUCCAUUUUGUGAAUGACACUUGCAUCCAAGUCAACUGGAUGUCACUUUUUACCGUGAUGGCAUACAAACUCACAUGGGUUAAAAUGGGCCAUAGUCUGGUAGGAGGAAUAGUUCAUGAACGAAUAAUUAGUGGGGAAAAGCAGCAAUCAAGCUUGGUAAAUCUGGAGCCCAAAUCCACUUACCGGAUUUGUUUGGUUCCACUGGAUACUUAUAACAACUACCGGACUGGAGAAGAUACUGUCUGUUCAGAAGCCACCACCAAGGCUUCCUUUUUCAAUGGCAGCAACAUCCCUUCCAGCCAUGAGCAGACGACUUCUCAGAAUCUGGGCUCCCCAUUUCUGCUGGCAGGGUUGAUUGGGGGUGCAGUGAUAUUUGUCCUCGUGGUCUUGCUCAGCAUUUUUUGCUGGCACAUGCACAAAAAAGGUCGUUACACCUCCCAGAAGUGGAAAUAUAACCGGGGCCGUCGGAAAGACGACUACUGUGAGGCAGGGACCAAGAAGGACAACUCCAUCCUGGAGAUGACGGAAACCAGCUUCCAGAUUGUCUCCUUAAAUAAUGAUCAGCUCCUUAAAGGAGAUUUCAGACUGCAGCCCAUUUAUACCCCAAACGGGGGCAUUAACUACACAGACUGCCACAUCCCGAACAACAUGCGAUACUGCAACAGCAACGUGUCAGACCUGGAGCACUGUCAUACGUGAUAGUGAGGGACCAUGGGGGUCUCUAGGACAAGGAGAAAAAACUCUAGAAAAAAUAAGCCCCCCAAGAAUAAAGAAAAAAAUUACAUUUGAUAAAUGUUAUACAGAUGCAUUUAUGCAUUUGAAUACUCUGUAAUUUAUACGGUGUACUAUAUAAUGGGAUUUAAAAAAAAGUGCUAUCUUUUCUAUUUCAAGUUAAUUGCAAAUGGUUUUGUAACUCUUUGCUUUUUAAAUCUUUAAAAACUAUUGCUGAGUACUGUACAGGGUUGUACAAUAAGAACCCAAUGUCAUGGCAAAGGAAAGAAUGACUCAUUCUUCAAACAUUAACCACUUUGCUGUCAAAGCAGUCUGAGGGAUGUUAAGUUUCUAGGUGUCCUGGAAUACAGGAAAAUAAGUGCAUAGUUAAACAGGGUCACUAGGAACAGACAAAGACAAUUCAGAUAAAAUGGGCACAAUCCUUCUGACAUGAACCCAGCAGUUGCUGUUGAGCUUCAAACAAUUGGAAAUACAUCCCUUCUUCUUUGUCAGGUCUGCACUUCUCACCUCCAACUGAAAGCUGGAGUACUGAGAGCUGCCAAAAAAGCUACUCUCUUGUUUGAUUAGUUUUCUUUCAAUCUACUUGCAAUAGGAAACAUGGAAAGAACUCCGUGUCAAACUCAAAGUGACCUUGAUUCCUAUUUGCAAAAGUUGCUCUGAAAAUGUCCCCAAUACUACAUACUUUAUCUCAGAAACUGUUUGUGCUUUUCAUUAGGAUUAAGAAGCUUUAGGCGUUCACUGACCCUUCUCAGUGAGAGGUGAAGGUUAUGUAAGAAUAUGUAACAGAGAGCUGUCAUUAAGUUGCACCUCUUAAUAGAGCAUCAUUUGUUAUCAUAGCAUGUUCAGGUAAAGACAGAAUGAGGGAAAUUCUGAGUGCUCCCAGCUCUGCAGUAUUCAUGUACGUGUUCAUGUUAAUUUGAAAUCAAAAAGUGUGUAUUGCUGAAAACAUGGUGCAAAAUAUAAUGGCAAUAGAAAGAUUUUGCUAAUAAUUUGUAUGGUUCAAGCCUUGUUUGAUCUAAGGGCCUGAGUUAUGUUCGGUAUGGAGAAAUAGGGGAAAGAAAGACAAAAGAGAAAACAAACAAUAAAUACAUUGUAAAAAAUUAUUUAGUAUUGGGAAGACCUUGAGGGCUUUUAUAAACUGAAAUAUCUUCAGUGGGGAAGAUCAUGUACAAAUCUUUGUGGGUUUUGUUUGUUGUUUGUUUUGCUUUUUUUCCUUCCCAAUUAAAAUAUACAGAGACUGACAUUAGCUAAGCAUUUGAUUGACUGGGAAAUUUUGAGAACACAGGUACACAGUGUCCCUCUGAAUUACCCUUCUUUUACCUUAAGCAUUUUGAAGUUUUCCGUAAUGAUUUCUGCUUCACAACCAGUAGCUGGGAUUAGAAUUUGCUUUUUUAUACCCUCAGAUUCUUCUCAGUCCUUGAGCUUUACGUGCACUAUGCAAAAUAUCAUGCUUGUAUUAAAACCAUAAUGCAGCUCUCAAAAUUAGGUAAUAUUUCAGCCACUCUGCUAACUCAGUGACUGCCAAGAACUGUGGUGCAAUCUCAUUAUUUAGGAGUUUUCAGUUUGCUUUUUAAAUGUAGCUAAUUUUCUCCUGAGUUUGGGGACAAGCUAAAACUACAUCAUAUAGGGAAAAAAAAAAAAAAAAAGAUAGAGACAAAACUUCCCUGUGGUAGUAGGGAACCAAAGAGAGAAAGUUUUACAGUGAUCACCUAGGGAUAGACAGAAAGUUACUCCAUGUGGAUUAGAAGAUUAGAAGUAAAGGCUGAAGCACUUUCAUAGUGGAAUGCUUAGACAUUCCACUUUAUGAAGCUCCUUUUGCUGGGAGAGAAGGUUUUAAUCCUUUCCUUCACUCAUUUCACUCAACCCAUUCUUGAAACUCAGCAGUCUAUGAGCAUGUAUUUUCUGUAAUUCAGAUCACACGAUAACACUAAUUUUCUGCAAUGACAAAAACCCAGUUAUGAUUGAUGGCAAAGUAUGACCAUUUUGUAAGGAACCACAUCCUGCCACCAACACCUUUUAAAAAAAUCACAUUUUGAAAUUACAGUCUAAUUUCUAUAUAUUUGCUAUUUUCUCCAGCUAUAGCAGGUAUUCUAAGCAACCUUGUGGCUACUGUAAUAGUUAAGUCACUACAAUGUUGGUGAUUAAAAGUUUACCAUAUGAUUUCAAAUAGCAUAAUUCUAGGUAGAAAAGUCUAUGCAAAGUGGAUGGUUUUUUUCUGUCAUCUAUUUACUGUCAUCUAAAGGUUUAUACUUUUGGGCUUUGGUUUUGGUGGUUUCUUUUUUGUUGUUGUUUGUUUUGUUUUGUUUAACAUAUUUUAGAUGCCACAGCUCAAAGGACAAGCAGCAAACAGUUGUGCUUCUGCACACUUCUGUUGAAUGCUGGAGUUCGCUUGAAGUUAAGCAGAGCCAGUGAUUCCCAUUGGGUGUGGACAUAGUAUUUAAUUUCAAUGAAAUAACUGGUUGUACAUUUGGUUUCAAAAGGCCUCCUUUGAAAAUACAAACUGAAUAGUAUUUACUGAUGCAGGAGGAAUCUCCAGUUCUAGACCUCAGUAUACUAUAGGCACCUUAUUUGUGGCAAUUGACUUAUUCAGGGAGUUUGGCCUGUACUGCAGGUGAAUGAUCCAGAAGCCCAACCUGAUGACAGCAAAUCUGGUUACUUAUAGAUAGGGUGAUAACAGAAGGCAUUCACAAACUGUUCAUUUCGAUCUUGAAUGAUAAAACAUAUAUAUGUAUGUUUAUAUAUAUAUGUAGACUAUGACUCGCUUACCUAGAUCAAAAAUCACAAUGAUAUUAAAGAUAUCAUACUUUAUGUUUCUCUUCAAUAUGAAAAAAAAUCAAUUUGUAUGGGAUACUGACAAAAGUUUCUUUACUAUAAAGGCUCUUCUGAGAAAACAUAGCUAGCACCUUGUACUGAAAUUUGUGGAUAGAGCUGGGAAUAUUAUCUAAAAAAUUCAGAGUUGUAGUCAACUGAAAGGUCAUAUCUGGAAUUGGAAGAAUUUUCUCCCUAUUUAAUUGUUCCUUAGCUCCAAAAGAGUUAAUGUAUUUGAACCCACAAUUGAAUUUGAGAUUUCUAAAAGUGUCAAUGACACAAACAUCUGAGAUUUCAUUUCAGUUCCCACCUAGAUAAGCCCUUAGUGAACAAAUUUCACUAGGUCAAGUAUGUAGAAAAAGUCAGAGUUAAAAUUGGACAGUGAUCUUUUGGCAAUAAAAAGUUUAAGACUCAUAGCUGUUUCCUUUGGCUUUGUAAAACUGGGGAGAUCUUUGCUUUGGAUAGAUAUCUGACUACAUAUAAUAACUAAAGGCUAUAGAGCAGAAGUGCCAAAUAUGUACACAUGCAACUCAUUCAAAAUGUUCACUUUUAAGUCCUGAUUUGGUCAAGUUCAUUGGAUCUAGGGACAAUUUUUUUUCAGACAAAAUCUCACCCAUCUUCCAUUGUAUACUGCUAAUAGUUGACAUAGACAUGCAGAAAGAUUGGUGAGUAGAAUAAAAGAAGCAUUUUAGUGAAAUUUUGUUAAAGAAGUAUCACGACACUGCUGUUUCCAGUACUUGGCUUCCUUCUGAAGACGUAUGUAUUUACAAACAGGUCCUUAUUUUCAUGGAUUGUGUCACUUUAAUAAGUGCUACUUGCAUGUGGCUUGCUGGCAGAAACAAACACCUGAUUAAUGCAUGGACUUUGUGUUAACAGGUUCUUAUUGCAACAUUAUUACCGAAUUUCUUUAUAAGAAUAUUUAGGGAAUAAGCUACUUUGAUCUGCAAAGAUACUCGCAGUUUUCCAUGUAACCCAAUAAAGGACUACAGUGAAUAUCAUGUAAAACAGAAAAAUGAAGUAGCAUAUGAUAUUUGCUAGUAGAGUAGUUCAACUGUAUUUUUCUCUGAACAAUUUUCUUUUUUUCAUGAGAACAAGUUUCCCCCUCUGAAAAAAUUAUUGAUUUCAAUUUUGCAAACAGAAAAAUUUUAUGCAUAUUGAUAAUAUUGUUUUAAGGGUCUACAUAAGGCACUUUAUUAAUGGCAUUGAAGUAAAAGUUCAGUCUCAGCUUUUGACAGUAAAGUGGUUAAUUCCCAUUGAAUUCUACAUUUAUAGUACUUCUUCACUUUAAAUUUAACAUGGAGAUAUUAAAGUUUUUUUUCUUUAGAACAUGAGAAUAAUGGUUUUACACAUGACUUAUCUUUACAGCUCAGUGGAAUAACAAAACAGAAGUGAGUGCCAAAACCAAAAGUUACUGGCUCUGAACCUCAUCAAAUCCUGCCUGAUGCUCUCUUCUAAACACAGAGAUAAUCCUAGGAAGCUGAUGAUCACUCCUUCCCUGAACUCUAUUGAACAGGGCACUCUGUAUCCCAGAUGAUACUACAGGCAAUAUUGAAGCAUUUGGCAUUAAACUUUUGUACAGCAGAGAAUGUUUUAUUCUUUAAAAGGACGCUGGCUAGUAGUCCAUACGGAAAACUAGCACAGAAGAGAUUUGGCAACCUUUUAUUACACUGGGGCUCUGUGGAAAUGUGCCUCAUGAGAGCUGAAUUCUGAUCCUCCCAGAAACAGAUAAGCUACUAAACAAAUUGUUAUCAUGAGUUGAUCCCAAAUAUCUGAAGAUGAUCUUUCAUAAAAUUGAUUUAAACUGGGAUAUGCACACUUGAUUCUGUUCUGUGUUUGGUAUACUUUCUAUCUUUAACAUGGAAAAGUAGAUGGUUUGAAGUCUGCGUUACCUGUUUUCUGCAAUCUGCCAUGUUGCACGCAUUGUUAACUUCAAAACCUCACUAUACACUAUAUAUUAUCUUGUUGACAUAUUCAGUAAAGAGUUAUUUAAAAAAUACAACAACUUUGCUGUAUUUAUAUUAGCAAGUUAAUUAAAAUAAGGAUGUGGGUGUCUGAAAGGGAAAAAAAAAAAAUAUCCAUCUUUUGUACUUUCAUUCAUGGAGACAUUUUCAGAUGUUCUACUGAGACUUCUGUCUGUUCAAUCCUCUCUUCAGUUUCUAAAAGAAAAAUAUUAUUUGUCUCUCAAAGAGUUAAAGAAUUUUUUACCUCAGUUUCUCAGAUUUAAUCUUAUCUUUAAAAAGUUAUCUCUUUCUAAUAUGCAUAUAGAAAAACAAUGUAAAAUAAGAACAGACUGUACUCCAGUGUUUGCAAUUAAUAGGUACACUUAAGGAGCUACACAUGCCAAUAACAAAUAUAUAUAUGUGGAAGCCGUGACUCAUUAUAUGCAUAGACAAUUGAUAAAUGCAUUUGACAUUUAUGACAUGACAAUCAAGAAUCUGACUUUUAAUGAUUGUUAUCUAUUUAAUGUUUCCUUGACAUGAAAUAUGACUUUUUUUCCAAUUCUCCCUUCAAAAUUGUUCUUGAAUUUUCAGAAUGCACAACAUUCAUACAUAAGCCUUAAUAAAUUUUUGUAUAAAGCAAAUCUUAUACAUAACAUAUAUGGUAAUAUAUACUAUAUAUAAAGAGAUGGUUUAGCUGCUUAGAAAUAGAAAUUACCCCUCUUCUACUUCCAUAUACAAGAGCUAAUUUUUUGCUUUACUAUAAAGUGAGAUGCUGAGUGCUGUGUUAUUUCAAAGCUUAGAAAUUUAAUAUUGCUGAGUGUCACAGUUCCUCAACAAAUUGUCUUACUCUCUUUCUUAACCCUGAGUAUCAUGUAAAACUCCCUAGGGCUGGUGUGCUCCACACCUAACCCUGCCUCUUUGCCCUUGUCAUAUGCCUCCCCUCAUUUGAUGUUUCUACUGAAGCACAUUAGACCCUGAUAACUAAAACUACUUGCCUUACCACAGGAGGGUGGAAAAAAAGAGAUAAUGAGGAUGACAAACACCUGCCAUCAGUUAUGUAUUUCUGACAAUGAGGGAAUCAUCAUUUUCAAUUGAUAGUAUUUUCUGUCAAAAAAAGGAGUCUACAACUACUGACUUCAUCAGGUGAUCUUUUAAUAACCCAAAAUUAUUUAUUUUAGCAAAGAUAAAACUUUGUUUUUAAUACUUCUAAGCUCAGUUUUCUGGAAUUUUUCAUUCAUGUGCAAUUGUGUAUAAAUUUCUUGUGUAUAGAGGAUUUAACUACAAAGAUCUCUCAAAGAAAGCACAUGGACAAGUAUUUUUCAUUAUUGUUCAGUCAAAAUGUUUAACAUUCCACUUAAAAAAGAGUUCUUCCAUUGAAGAAGCGUUAUGGUACCAUGUGGAGAAACUGCAUUCCACCAUUAAAGUAGGUAACAAAUAUUUUAGUUCUGCUUGAAAUGCCACUGUCAACAAAGGCUGGAACAAAAUUACUAAAGUACUUCCAUUACACAGAGAGAGACUUGGUGAAUUUUUUACCAAUAAUUGCCAUUCCUGAAAAAAAUUAGCACAUUUUUAUGGUGAAAUCCUGAUGCCACUGCCUCUCAACUAUAAAUCACAAUCAUAUAUAAAACAAGGAUUAUUAAAAAUAUGCAAUAUGACACAUUGUAUAGCACAUCACACUAUGUAUUCCCAAAUGAAAUACAUCAACUGAAUAAGGCAGUAGGCCCAUGCCUCUUUUAUGAAAAGCUGGGAAAGCUGUGAAAAAGACUGUGCAGAAAAUAAGGGGGGAGCUAAUAUGUUCUGAGCAACACUGGCCAAUAUAAAGCCAUGGAAGAGAAGGACAUUUAAAGCCAAAAUUGGGCCUUUGGGCAUAGCAAGAAUAUUCUUUUUUCACAUGAACAGAUGCUUUUUUUGAUUAUAGCUUCAUAUUAUGGCUAAAUUGUGACUAAAAAAAUGCAUGUAUGAAUACUCAGAAAGAAAAAAGAAAAGAAGGAAGAGAGAAUGUCGAUUUGACUAGAAAGUCAAACAAUUUAAGCGACGGUUUUAUAAUCCUGACCUCAUAUAUUUUCACAAACUGCUUUGGGCAUUCAAAUUAUGUAUUGGUUAGGAACCAAUACAUAAUUCAUUGCUUUCUGACUUACAGUGGAAAUGAUAGGAAUUUCUCACCAUUUAGGAAACAUGUUAAGAAAAUUUGAAAGUUGAUGUGAAGUCAAGUUCUGCAGUAUAUGCUGACGUGAACAAUGAUAUUUAUUCAAGCAGGGCAUUAGCAGGUGUUUGUAAGUGAGGACUGCAGAAGCAAGACAUGCACAUUAUUUCAUUUCCAAGAAAACUCCAUACCCGGCAGAAAGCACGCAUGAGUUACCAAGAAGAGAUGACUUAGAAAAACAAACAAGUACAAACCUAAGUGGAGAUAUUACAUAAUAUUAUAGUUAUUUUAAUAGUAUAGUACAGUUAAGUAAUUUAGGCAAUUAGAAAAAGGGUUAAUUAAAAGUAUUGAAUCUUUUCAUGUUUCCCAUCCCUAGGAAGAUAUAUUCAAUUUCCAGUUAACAAGAAAUACAUUUAGACAGAUUUUUACUUACAUCUUCGUUGGAGGUUAGAUUUGAAACCAGUGUUUUUUUUUUAAAUUGGUCAUGAUAUGUAUUUGAAGUCUUUGCAUGAACUGAUUUAUUUUAUCAGCUAUGAAGAGUUUGAGGAAUAAACUAUGUGCAAUACUUGCUUUCAUGAGAAACAAGUAGCAAGUAUAUGGCUAGCACUUUCUGAUUUUGUUUUGGCUUUCCUUUUUAUAAUUUAACUUUACAAAAAUGAAGCAAAUUUGAAGUAGAGCAAAUUUUAACUAUUUUCUGCUGUAAUUACAGCAGUAAGACUGUGUAGUCUUACUAUCAGAGGACAAAAUUUAAGAAUACUAAGUUAAGAAAAAUUAUCUUAAAGAAUUUUGAUAUCAAUUUUCAGUUGAAUUAAUUAUUUUUCAACAUUUAGUUACAACAUUUAGUCGUGGUGAGAAUUUGAGCUAGAUACAUUUUCUAAACUCAGGUUUGUGGUUAUAGGAACUUUGGCUUCAUAGGUUCCGUUUUACAGAUUAUUAUUAGCAGCUGUACAAAGAGAAGGGAACAAAGGUUUCUUCUUCCUUAAAGUGUCAGAUUUCUUUCUGUAGAGAUUGAGGAGGAAAUACAGCUACUUCACAGAGAUCUUCCUCAAGAAACAAGGUGGCCAGAACAGAAGGAAAGUACAUGCAGUCAUGGCAUUUCUCUUUGAUGACUUCAGAAGCUGGCAGAAGUAGAGCUGAAUCAUAUUGUGAGGGAUGCAGCAAAUUACAGGUGUUCUGCAUUAUUAUAUAGGACAUCAGAAAAAUUCAGAUAUUUUCUACAUCAUUAUCAUUACUGUUGACUUUCUAUGUUUUGGUUUUUUUUUUCCUCUGUGGUCUAUAUUUCUUUCCCUGUGUUUGACAGUUUUUCCUUGUCAUAGGAGCUGCCUUUUAAUUCACUCUUCUGCUUCAUGAAGAACCUGAUUUUUCUACAGGAUUUUUGUGUAAUGCCCCAAAAGGGCACUUCUGUUAUAUGUGAGCAAAUGCAUUUGUGUGUAGCAGCCCAAAGGGAGUUUUCAUUGCCACUCAUUCUCCUCAGGUUAUUAAUUUAACUGUUUGAAAAAGUUCUUUCUGAGAUGAGCCACACAGCCAGUGUGCCAUUACAGGAAAACUUAGAAAUUUGGUGGGUAAUAUUGCUUUAGUGUUUUACUUUGGAGUAAUAGUGAAUGAACUGAUAUAAGUAGUGAAGUUCCACUAACAGACUACUCUGAACAUCAAAGCUGUUUUAGUAUUUGGAGCAGGGGUAGAGACAGAGAGAUACAUUUGAAAGACAGAAAUCCUGCAAAUAAAAAUGACUUUUAAAUAAAUAUGAGCCAAAAUAAAAGAGUUCUGUUCAGACCUAGGAUACCAAAAAAUUGUGGAAAAUAUAAAGAUGCAAAAAUUUCUUCUAUUGUUUUCUCUAUUUGUGGGAUUCAAUUAGGGUUGCUGCUUAUUUUAAGUGACUAAAUUAAAACACUGUUAGAAAAUCUUUGCCUGGGUUGAGAAAAAUUCUUUGUUUUAUACAUUUCCAUUAAAGAUUUAAAUUUUCUUUUUCAAUUUUCUUCCCCGAAGAAACUAGUGUCUGCUGUGUUGCAGUGAAUUCAGAAAGCUGCAUGCUUGUCAGUUAAAACAACGUAUCACAGUAGACAUUCCUCCACCUUGCUUUAGAAGACAAAUUGUUUAGAGAAACAUUUCUUCAAGCCCUAAUAAUCCAGCAAACAGUUGGAUCGGGGGAAAAUUUAACAAUGUUUGAAAGACUGAUGUUAAUUUGAAGUUGUAAAGAAAUUCACUGUCCAAUGAAUGCUUUCUUUUCAUUAAUUCUAAAAGAUGACAUGCACUUAUUUAAUUUUAGAUUUAGACAGCUGAUGAAGGAUAAGUGAAAUAACCAUAGCAAAUAACAAAAUUAUGAGUAAAGCACUAACAGCAUUAGUUUAGGGCAGACUAUAUGACUGAAAUAACAUGAAUGUCCUCAAGUUGUAAUUUACUGCUUGCUGUAAAAUGCAGCUGUAUUUUCUAAUGAACACAAUGACCUUCAGAACUUUUUGAUCAGAUAUUUCUCAUAAUUAUUCAAAAAUUGUGUUUCAGAAGCCAUCCUGCAGAAAGAUCUUUUAGCCAUGCUAAAUACUCUGGUGUUUUAAGUGCUUCCAGCCCUGACAGGUCUUUGGUAAUGCUCUGUUGGAUUUGCUUGUAGGUUUUUUCCUUUUGUUUUUCUAGCUUGACUACCUUGGCUGGAGCCAAUCAGGUGAAGUGUAUCCAUUUUUCCAUGUGCAGGUUUUUCCCAGGGCAGCUGGACAAAAUGGAAGAGGCAAAUUAGGACAGAUCCUUUCAGUCCUCUGAUGGUGACCCACAAGGAGCUGGCCAUGCAGUGUCCCCUGCCCAGCUGCUACAGGGCUCUCAGCAGGGGCUAUGAAGAGGGAGGAUGACAGCGGUGUGACGGAUGAUGGUGCCUGUCACCUCUGCUCAGCAGCACACUCCCUGCCGUGUGCUUCUGCAACAUUCAGUCUAGCACACCUGCAUCAGCAAAAGGAUCUCUUCUGAGUGACCUCUGGUGUGUUUAUGAGCCUGUUGAACAAGCUGAAUAGCACAGAGGGGACUGGGAUCUGCUUUCUGAGUGUCAGAUCCACAUUUUCCAGGUUCUUUUCACCAGCUACACACACUACAUUCCUGAAAAAGUGAUAGAAACAUAAAUUAAACUGACAAAAGCGAAAGCUUUUGUAAGUUAUCACAAAUUCAAAGUUUAUGCUAAAGGCUCUAGUUUGGCAUAUUAUAUAAGAAUUUAUAUUAAUAUUUUUAACAUGGUAUCCACAUCCUUAAAGAGUACUUGGAUGCAUCUCUUUAUGGAAAAGAUUAACAAAUUGUAAAUUGCAUAGGAAUUUAAAAGGACUGGAAUAAUCUGUGGAUCCUCUUACAGUCUUCUUCAAAGGGAAUUAUUCUAAGAGUAUCACAUAUUGAAAUGAAUCCUGAAGUAUAUCUUUUUAGCCAAACACCUUAUAAAACCACUGUCAGAUUAGAAUAAUUUAUGUAGAAGGCCAUGUAGGUCAGUUAUGAUUUCUUCUCUAGAUCCACAGAUACAUUUCUAAUCUUCAGUCAUUUAGUGCACUGGAAAGACAAAUUCUAUCACUAAAAUGCUAAUGAUCCUGAGCCUGCAUACUUGUUGAUUCUUGCUUAUAAUGGGAAAAAAGAUACAUCCUCUCCUAACCUGGAGAUAAGCACUGGGUAAAAGCUAGGUAUUUUUGUUAUUUCACAAUAUGCAGCUCUGCUGAAAACCAGUAAAUUUACCUAGAGACAUUUUAGUAGAACAUAAGAAGCUGCUUUACCAUUUUGAGAGUUUUCCUUAAUAUAUGAACUCCACAGGAACUCAAUAACAAUAUACAAAAUUGAAUGGAAUUAUAUAAUCAAGAUAUCCAUAAUUCUGCUUAAAAACAUGAUAGGUAAAAAAGUAAACAAUGAUUGUACGUAAAGCCAGGACUUCAUUAUUAAUAAAACUUUAAUCAGAAAGCUAGUCAACAUCUAAUUAUAACAAAAAAUUAAGAAAAUAAAGAGCAUAAAGGAAGGAUACCACCAUUACUAAAAAAGCCCCAAACCAAAGUAAAAAAAAAAAAAAAAAAAAAAGCAAAACAACCCUCAAUAACAGUACAGUUAGGAGUGUAACACACUUUUCCCAGCUGCUAAUGGUUUUGUUGAACCUUUCACUCUCCUUUGGGAUCCUUCCACUAGUUAUGGUACCAUGUAGAAAUCACCAGCACUCAAACUAUUUCACAGGGAAGAUUAUGAUAAAAUUGUUGUUUUCUUCUUCACUUUAGGAUUUGCUGGGACAAUAUUUGUUUCUUUUUAUAAUGGUCUUUCACACAUUGUUUCUCUUCAUUGCUAUGCAAUCCACAGUACAUUCAAAUUUACUACUUAUGAUGCACGUGUCAUACCCCCAUACCCCAAUUUUCUUCAGGUCUGCAUUUCUUUAAGUGCUGAUGACCUGUUCAUAGCAAUGGGAUCUCUGGUGCCAGGCUGCGACUCUGCUCUUAUUCCACACCAAUAUUCCUCUGUACUCCUUGCUUUGCUUCCCCUUCCCAACACCAACACACUAGAAGAUUCCCUUCUCCACCAACACACCAGCCUUGUAAUUCUCUACAUUGCUUCAUUGCAUUAGGUUCACAAAUUUUAUAUGGAACAACUAUAUGUUCAUUUUAUGUAGGACAACUACUUUUUACAACUAUAUGUGAAACUGGUUAUACCAUAGGAAGACAAGCCAUAUUGAAACAAACUAAACAUUGUAAUCCAGUUAUGAGAGAAAAAUACCGUUACAGUUAAACUACGUCAAAAAAAAGUUGCAGGUAGAUCAAGAAAAAUCAUAAAAAGUAGACUUGACAAGCCAUUGUUCUGAGGCCUCACAAACUCAGUACGGAUCCUGUGGCCCAUUUGUAGUAAUGAAAAUAAUGUAAUACUGAGCUACAGGCUAGGACACAUAGAGCACAUGUUAAAAAUGCUGUAAUAAAGCCAUUGUACAUCCUCUGUACCCUAGUUUAGAGAUUAGAACCUACAUGAUUAUAAAAGAAAGUCUACUAAAGAUUAGAAAGCAUUAUCUUAGCUGUAGGAGUAUUUACAAAUUUGCUUAAAGAGUUUAAAAACACAAAACUCUGGAUAAGAAAAUGUGGCUUAUUUUUUGUUUUCUAGCACUAUUGCUCUACUACUUAAGAUUUAUGGUUUAGUUGAAACAAAACCUUCUGAAAGAGAAUGUAUUGUGGAAACCCAUGACAAAGUAAUAGUUUCUGCAGUGAUUCUGCAACCCUUACUUAGCAAAAAUUUGUUUCUGAGAAGUCUUUACAAACUGUCAAUUCCACUUUAGAAAACACUAUCCUUCUCAGUGUGAUGGUUGGCUUUGCUAAUGAGAUUAUAUUUCUUAUAAGACUUUUCUAAAGUCUUAUUCUCAUGCUCUGGCUUAUUUUUCUUUUCUGAACAGAUUCUGAGUCUUUAACCUUACCAACAUUUAAAGUCAUUAAUUCAUUAAUUCUCAUAUUGAGAUAUUGCUCUCUAAGUUAAAAAUGUAGGGAAUUGUUGCUUAAUCUGAAGUGGAUACAUAUUCCAUAUCCCUCAAUACUUCUCUAAGAAGCAUACAUUUAUGUAGUUGUAUGCUAUGUGGUGAUUGUUUGCUCAUGUAAAGAGACACAGAUCAGAAAUCUGGCUUAAAGUUAAAUGCAUUACUAGACAGAUAUUAAAGCAAUAUCAUACUCAAAUUAGAUGUUUUAGUCUAUUCUAUAGGGCAUCUUCCAUACUUUUAUUACUUGAAAAGAAUCCUUAGUAGGCUUCCCAAAAUGUCCCGAUUUCUCAUUUUCUUGUUUUUUGAAAAACAGUCUUUCCGUUACCUCUUCCUUGUUUGGUGAAAAUCUAAUUAUAACUUGUCUGUCUUACAGAAUAAUGUGUCUACUUGAUGCAUUUGUAAAUUUGUAAUAGGAUGAUAGGCUUUGUUUUAAUUUAAUUAAAGGUUAUCAGAUGGUUAAAUCAAUUUACCUUUACAAAACUAAAAUCUUCCUCUCUCAAAGGAGGAAAAUCCAGUCUCAAAAGAAAACAUUAUGAUUUCAUUAUUGCUAUGCAUUCUCGGGCUUUCUGCUGUUAAAUAAAACAUCACUGAAUAGAUAGUGCUGAAAUGAAUAAACCUCUAUAAUAACUGUUUUGUUAAAGCUAAUAUAACUGAA